AGUAUCACAUGUCAAUGCUCGCUGCGCAUGUACUUACCGGUGAAAAAGUCAUGGCAGGUGUUUCGGUUGGUUCUUAUUGUUGACUAUUUCUUAUAUUUAAAUAACAGGUUACUUAGAACUUGCCCGAAGGACAAUGAUAACGCGUAUGUUACAUAAUUUAAAAAACUUAUUUUAAGUAACCGAUUGCCAAAGUCAUUGUAAAUUAUGUCGAACACACGGGAAGCAGAGGUAAGUAUUUGUACAAAUCUUUAAGGAACGCGGAAACGCGUGUGUGAAAGAACAAAAAUAUGAAGAGGCUAUGUUUCAUUACACUCAUGCCAUUAAACUAGAUCCACAAAAUUACUCCUUGUAUAGUAAUCGAUCAUUUGCAUUUUUAAAAUUACAACAAUAUCAUUUUGCAAUGGAAGAUGCAUUAAUGACAAUUCAAUUAAAACCUGACUGGACCAAGGGUUAUUUUAGAAAGGCUGAAGUAGAGUCACAAACCUUCCGCUUCAGUGAAGCACUUCAAUCUUACAAUAAAGCUUUAUCCUUUCAACCAAAUGAACCAACGAUUUUAGAAGCAAUGAACAGAGUAACACAAUUAUUAAUUAAAGACAAACGAGCUGAUCAACAAAUACCCUGGCUUGGUGCUGGUGUUGGUAUCAUACUUGGAGUAAUAGUUGUAAUUGCUGAUAAUGUUUUUACAAAUAAACCCACAUUAAUGCAUCCUUUCUUGAUGGCCUUAUUAACGAUGUUUAUAGCAAUGCUAGGUUUUGGCAUUGCAAAGGGAUUCCGUUAUUUUGUAAAGUGUCAAAGAAAAUCACUUUUGGAACCUCCAACGGAUCUCUUUGGUGGUAAUAAAGAAGAAUUUGAUGAUGUUGAAGCAGAAAUGAAUAACGAGAAGGAAAAGCAUUCAAAAUAUAGUAAAGCACAAGCACGACAAAGAUUCAGGAAAGGAAAAUCGUAGUGUGCUUUGAUACUAAUGAUAUUAAUAAUGACUUACAUACAUUUUUAUGUAAAUUUUAAAUUUAUACACUUUCUAGCAUCUCAAGAAUGCACUAAAUGUUUAUGAUCAAUGUUAUUGCAUUGACAAAAAGUUUUAUUGGUACUGUUUACAUUUUAUACUUCAGUUACUGUUAAACAAUUUUAAAGUAUUGAGAA